AGCGCCCACACAAUCCUCCCUCCAUUGCUAAAAUUCGACCAAAUCCGAAUUUCAAACUUCCCUUGCCUCUGGACUCAAUAUCUCCAAGAAACGACGCCAACCGUCUAGCAUACCGACAAGAUGCUCAUCCCCAAGGCGGAUAGGAAGGCGAUCCACGAGAACCUCUUCAGAGAGGGCGUCUUGGUUGCGGCCAAAGACUUCAACCUGGCCGAGCACCCCGACAUUCCCGGCGUCAAGAACCUCUUCGUCAUCAAGGCCUGCCAGUCGCUCACCUCGCGCGGUCUCGUAAAGAGCCGCUUCUCAUGGCAAUACUACUACUACACCCUCACGCCCGAGGGCCUCGACUACCUCCGCGAGUGGCUCCAUCUUCCGGCUGAGAUCGUCCCGGCCACGCACAUCAAGCAGCAGCGAUCACACGCCCCUCCGCGCGGCAUGAUGGGAGCCGAGGGCGAGCGCGAGCGGAGGACCUUUGGCGGCCGUGGCCGUGGCGGCGACCGCCCCGAGCGCGGCGACCGCGAUGGUGGAUACCGCCGCCGCGACGCUGGCGAGGGCAAGGAGGGUGGUGCGCCUGGCGAGUUCCAGCCUCAGUUCCGCGGUGGAUUCGGCCGUGGCCGUGGUGCUGCCCCCCCUUCAUAAACUGCUAGCCGUCACAAUAGGACAGUGAGUUCUGCUUUGUUCUUGGGGUACCACAUGUAGUCGAAACGGGGUUCCGGUCAUGGACGCACACAAAAUACGCGUCAAGGGACUUUGAUGGGUUUGGUGGGGAGUUUGGACUUUGGAGCUUUACGAUCCUCGGGAAAAAAUCAUUUGCAUUACACAGGCCAUUUAUCCACGGUCGUCGAUAGGCCUGAUGCCAGUGAGGCUUUGGCAGUCAGACCUGGGCAGUGUGAGGCCCUCUGCUAGUGUCCAGUCGAGUCUCCGCAUGGAGCCCGACAAGACCCUCGCGUCACUCACACAUCGAUCGAUUUUCUAGAACUGAGUAAAUUCCUCUCAGUCUUGUGAACAGAUUCGCCACAAACCCGAAUAUCUAAAGACUGGCUUAACCUGGUAUACUGUUCUCAGGGCGACACCAAUAGACUGAUGUUCCUCA